UGCUGUGCUCACACACACACACACACACACGCACGCACGCAUGCACACGCGUUCGAACCCCGCCUUCCCACACAUGGGGCAACAUAUAGCAGACAUCAAGGUGCUCCCAGUAAGAAAAAAGAAAAAAAGAAGAAAGAAAAACAGCAUGGAUCGACCAGCCGUUGAGGUCUUCCACUACAAAGACAAGGAGCAGUCGUCCAACCUGCUCCUUCAGCUCAACACGCUGAGACAAGAGAAGAUCCUGACCGAUGUGCUGCUGUGUUCAGACGGCACAGAGAUCGCCUGCCACCGCAACGUCCUGGUCUCCAGCAGUCCCUACUUCCGAGCCAUGUUCUGCCACAACUUCAUGGAGAGACAGCAGACCAAGAUCAGCUUGAAGGGAAUCACGUCGGCCAUUCUGAGUAGCAUCAUCGACUACGUUUACACCGGACUCAUUAGCAUCAGCAUGGACGUCGUGCUUCCCCUGAUGCAGGCGGCGUCCAUGUUGCAGUACGGACGCGUGUUUGAGGCCUGCUCCAGUUUUCUGCAGGAGCAGCUGAGCCCAGACAAUUGCUUGAGCAUGAUAAGACUUUCAGACAUCAUGAAUUGUGACAGUUUGAGAAGCAAGGCGAAAGAGAUGGCCAUGGAGAGCUUCUGUGACGUAUCAGCGUCCGAGGACCUGUGUGAGCUCUCCUUACCGGACCUCAUGGGAUACCUGGAGGAGGAUGGCCUCUGUGCGCAGGAGGAGCAGGUCUUCGACGCAGUCGUUUCUUGGAUCCAUCAUGAUCCUUUAUCCAGAAAAGGAUUAAUCAGUGACCUUUUCAAGAAGGUUCGCCUUCGUUAUGUACACCCCACCUACCUCUUCCAGUUCAUAGCGAGCAACCCGCUGAUCCAGUCCUCCACCCUCUGCACUGAACUCAUCGAAUCCGUGAGACGUCUCCUGUUUUCUGUCAGCACAAAAUUACUUGAAGACACUUUGAUGGAUUUCAGACGUCUGUGGGUGGCGCCGCGGCGGCACACCUACCAUGACAAUAUGGUGGUAGUGGGAGGGCGAAAGAACAACGAGCAGACCUCGAGGGACACCUUGAUCUUCGAUGAAAAGAGCCAGGAGUGGCAGCGGCUCGCCAAAGUGCCCGUCCGUCUCUACAAAGCCUCCUACGUCUCCCUUCACAGCGUUCUGUAUGUUAUCGGAGGCCUGAACGCAGGUACAGAGUGCAAUAAGGUCAGUAGGACUGUCUACACUUUGUCCCUCAAGACCAAUCAGUGGCGGACAGCGGAGCCCCUGCUGGAGCCACGCUUUGCCCACCAGAGCGUCUCCUACCUGCACUAUAUUUUCGUCCUGGGCGGAUUUGGACACGACAGACAACUGACAGACAGAGUAGAGAGGUACAGCAGCAUGUUCAACCAGUGGGAGUCGAUGUCCGCGAUGCCGGAGGCCGUGCUCUAUCCCGCCGUGGCUGCAACAAACCAGAGGAUCUACGUGUUCGGAGGAGAGGACGCAAUGCAGAGCCCCGUCAGAGUCAUACAGGUGUAUCACAUUGCCAGGAACAUGUGGUUCAAGAUGGAGAACAGGCUCGUGAAGAACGUGUCUGCUCCUGCUGUCGUUAUGAACGAAAAAAUCUUCAUCAUUGGAGGAUACACCCGGAGAGUGAUGGCCUACGACACGAAGGCCAACCAGUUCAGCAAGUGUGCCAACCUGAAGGAGCGGAAGAUGCACCACUCCGCCACUGUCCUCAGCGGCAAAAUCUACAUGACGGGUGGACGUUACAUCAACAGCCACGAUGUGGUAGAGGACUCGGACACUUUAGAGUGCUACGACCCAAAGAGAGAUGCCUGGACAGUACAGGGGAAUCUGCCUUAUAAACUGUUUAACCACGGCUCCCUGACUCUGACAUGUAGCUCACAGAAAUGGGGGAACUCAUAAGACAGGUAUUGAAGAAAGGAUAUAAUGCUGACAUUUUUAACAAAUCUAAUGCAUUAACGGUCUGGUUGAUAUUUUUUUUUUUGUUUUGAUCAGUUUGAAAUCUUUGCAUUUGAAAAAUUACAGGGUGUUUUUUUUUGCUUGUACCUUCCACUAAGUCUGUGAUUGAUUUAAAAACACUCUGUAAAGUCAAUAUACCUCAAGUAAUUUGAAUAUGGGAGUAAGUAGGAAGCUAUUGAUGUUGUUUUUUUUUUAUUCCAAUUCAACAAUCAGUUUUGUCUGAUUUGUCUAAUGUCCAAAGCUGUAAAAACAAGCAAUGUGUUGCACAACCCAGCUGUUCUUAACCUGUCUGCCUGCACAAAGGGAAAAAGGAGCUAUUUUAAGCCAGCUCUAAAUCACAAGAGUUCUACUUGUCAUGCUUAAAUCCUUGGAGCUGCGCACUGUUUGGUGCGAGUCGAACCUGAGUUCAGGUCACGGCUGAAAGGCCUGGUGUGUGUCUUAUGAACCUUUGAGUCAUUGUCUGUUGCUCUGAAAAAUAAUGAAGUAACUGUGGAAAUAGUGUCAGCAAACACUCACUUUAAAUAAAAAUUCCAAUGAGGAAGUUAUAAUAUGAGGAUCAUGGUUGCAUGAGAGAUAUUUAGAUUUUAACAUUAUGGUAUUUAGCAUUACGUUUAGCUUUAUUUUUGCAAAGCUUUCUGAAAUAUGUGUUUUACUAUGCGCUGACAUCCCUUAUUGAAGAAUUAUAUUUUUUUCCUCAGGACUGGAAUAUGCGUUGAAAAAUCAGCUCGUUGUUGUUUCUUUUUAUGUUUACCCUUUAAUUCUGUUUUAUACAU